GAUUAUUUUCAGUAGUGGAGAGAGGUGGAAACAACACCGCAGAUUUACCCUGACGACCCUAAGGAACUUUGGGAUGGGGAAGAGAAGCGUUGAAGAGCGAGUUCAAGAAGAAGCCCAAUGCCUGGUGGAGGAGCUCAGGAAAACAAAGGGUCAGCCCACUGAUCCCACCUUCAUCCUUAGCUGUGCACCAUGCAAUGUGAUCUGCUCUAUCCUCUUCCGUGACCGAUUCAAGUACAAUGAUGAGAAAUUUCUCCAUCUGAUGAACUUGUUAAAUGAAAACUUCCGCCUCGUUAACGAACCAUGGAUACAGCUCUACAACUUUUUACCAGCAUUCGGAACAUACCUCCCUGGAGAACACAAAAGAAUUUUUAAAAUUAAUGAGGAACUUAAAGAUUUCAUUUUGGAAAGAGUGAAAGAGCAUCAGAAGGUCCUGGACUCCAACAACCCUCAGGACUACAUUGACUGCUACCUCUCCAAAAUGCAGCAGGUAAGAUGCAUGGGGGAAGCACCUUACUUGUUGAGUAAGGCUGAUAUUCCAAGGAUUCUUACAGGCCACAAGCACAGAAGGGACAUGAGAGAGAACCUCAAAGUACCCACAUCCCCCAAGGAUGCCACUGGCUUUCUA